UGCUACCUUUUUAGCUUGCAAGCCUGAGAAUAGAGUCUACUUUGGUAUUGGACUCAUUUGUACACCUGCAUACUAUUUUUUAAUCCCAUUAAUGAUUAAUAACAAUCAAAUAGUGAAAUUAUACCUGUGUUAAUAACUCUAAUUAUUAACCAUUGCAGCAGUUCCUGGAUAACCACGAAGAAAACAUUAGUUUCCUGCGUGCCAUUUCUGCAAGUUGCGUGGCUGCACAAAAAUGUGGCCAAGACACACUGGAUCUUCCAUAUUCAAAAAAUCAGUUGACUGAGGCACUAGUGAUGGUGAUGGAGACACUGCCCAGUCACUCAGUCCCAUCUUUCAUUCUCUCCUGUUCUAUGCUCGCUGUCUACAACCUGAGCAAAAUGAAGCCCUCGCUUGCUUCUGAUCUAGAAACAGGUAUUUUGCGACUAGCUCUUCACGGUAUAUUCAGCAUGGAAACGCAAACAACCGAACCUCAUAGUGUGGCGCUGUACAGAUCAUCCUUUGACACCCUGGACAUGAUGCUGAAGGGCCUGCUGUCUGAGGCACCUACCAUCAGCCACCUCCUAUUUAUAUUAGAGCACAUCAAUUUCUGGAUUCGUUCACAAGACCCUCAAGAGAGGUUCAGAGCCAUUAAUUGCAGCAUCUCCUUACUUCGCCAUGUGAAUCAGCAAUCAAAUUUUGAGAAAUCUGGGGAACUACCUGGUUUGGGACACCAGGUAGCACAAUUUGCAGUUUGUAUCACAGAUUCAGUGGAAGAGGUGAGCUACCAAGCCAGAGAUGCCAUUAACUGCCUUUACCAACUCCUCCUGAAUCAUAUGGGAUUCAGCACAACAGAGCCCAUAGAGUUAUGGUGCCAGGAAACAGAAGACAAGAAGAUGCUGGCUUAUCUUGAUGCCUGCAGGGUGGGUGAGAUAUUCAAGAACAUCUUCACAGAAGAUCAGAAGAGAGCUUUUCUGCAGACCUCCUUGCUGGCCAUGUAUGAUCCCUUGAUGAGGAUAAGUCAAGCUGGAAUUCUUCUAGUUUAUUCCCUCUUGGGGAAGACAGCAGAAUUAAUGCGGGAAUCGGCAGAAGACGUGGAGAAGGAGAUCUACAUGCAACUUCACAAGCUUCGGAUUCUCCGAGAGGUGCCUGAAGCAUUGCAAAACUUUCUCCCAAAUUAAGGUGCCAUACUCCUGAGGACUGAAAGAAUGAACCACUUAAGAAAGGAGGACAAGAAUAGUGGGAGAGAAGGAUUUUCAGUCUGUUUUCAACUGUUCCCUGUUGUGGUUUAACUUGUUUCCUCCUCCCAUCCCUAAUAGUGAGAAGCCAUUUUUUUCUCCCUAGGAACCUUGAAGAACCUAGAGAUUGUUUCCACCCAGAACUAAUUUUGUGCUGGAUCACAGAGUAGCAUUCAAUAUAACUGGCACUUAAAAGCACCAGGCAGCAUAUGCCUAGGUAUGGUGUCACCAGGGGAGCAGUGAAUGAUACACGCUAUAUUGGUGCAUCGUUCAGUGACUCCAAGGGCCACAGCCAAAUUUCUUUGUAUUACUAUUAUUACUAUUUCAUUAAGCAAGCAAGGUGAUUUCUGAUUAAAUUACUGUAUAUAUUUUUGUGAAGGUUUAUGCUUAUGUGAGAUCUUACCCUUAUUUAUUUCUUACUCUUACUUUUGAACCAACUCCUGGAGACAAAGAUUCCAGGGUUUGUGGCAUUUCAUAAAUCCUUUUUACUUUUAGAUUGAGAAGGUAUUACAAGGAUGCAGUCACCCAGAAAGAGGUCAUAAAAAGAACAAUGUGAUUAUUACAUUACCAGCCAGCUGAAAAAACACAGAACUUCUUUUCUCUGCUGUUCUAUUUAAAUCGUUCUCGUUUCUGUUACGCUUGGCAUAUAUUAAUAUGAGCAAAGGAAUUUCUGCAAACAGCUUCUGGCUGUUCUAAAUAUUUAUAGUCUGUAGCAUUUGCCCAUUGGCCAUCGCCCAUAAUCAACUGCCCAUAGAUUACUUUGCAGUCUUAAUUGAAAAUUAAGAGUGACAAAGAGAAAUCUAAGGGAUUAAGCUCUCAGCAUGACUGAUGUUCAGCUUUGUUCUCUGAAAAUGAUUAGAGGCAUCUUCUUUUUAAGGUGCGUGGGAGAUGAGGUGGGCCUCAUGUUGAAUACUAGCGCGGGAAAUACAAGCGCGGGAAUAAAGAACUCCCUUCUGAUUGG